UCACCCUUAUAAAGGCGCCGCCUGCCUUCGGAACAGCUUCUCCCCCGCCUCCGUCUGCCCCAUCGCCGUCGCCCCGUGGACCUCAACUAGCCGCCGGCGAAAUGGCCCCGAAACGUGGUGGCAAGGCGCCUGUCCCGGCGAAGAAGAAGACGGCUCAGGUGACGAACCCUCUGUUCGAGAAGAGGCCGAAGCAGUUCGGCAUCGGCGGCGCGCUCCCGCCCAAGAAGGACCUCCACCGCUUCGUCAAGUGGCCCAAGGUUGUGCGCAUCCAGCGCCAGCGCCGCAUCCUCAAGCAGCGCCUCAAGGUUCCCCCGGCGCUACACCAGUUCACCCGCACCCUCGACAAGAACCUCGCAACAAACUUGUUCAAGAUGCUACUUAAGUACCGCCCUGAAGACAAAGCUGCCAAGAAGGAGAGGCUUCUAAAGAGGGCACAGGCUGAAGCUGAAGGGAAAACUGUCGAGGCCAAGAAGCCAAUAGUCGUGAAGUAUGGCCUCAACCAUGUUACCUACCUAAUUGAGCAGAGCAAGGCCCAGCUGGUUGUCAUUGCUCAUGAUGUUGACCCCAUUGAGCUGGUUGUGUGGCUCCCAGCCCUUUGCAGGAAAAUGGAGGUUCCUUACUGCAUUGUUAAGGGGAAAUCUCGCCUUGGAUCGAUUGUUCACAAGAAGACUGCCUCUGUUCUGUGCCUGACCACAGUGAAGAACGAGGAUAAACUUGAGUUCAGCAAGGUCCUUGAGGCCAUCAAGGCAAACUUCAACGACAAAUUCGACGAGGUGAGGAAGAAGUGGGGCGGUGGUGUCAUGGGCUCCAAGUCGCAGGCGAAAACCAAGGCCAGGGAAAGGCUGAUCGCAAAGGAGGCUGCACAGCGGUUGACCUAAGUUUAGGCUUUGAACCAUAUCUAUCGCUCAUCCUUGAGGUAGUGUGCAAGCAUACUGUGGCUGUUUGGAUCUGGUUUUGAAAGUCAUUUUUGUUUGUCAGAGACAUCUUGGAAAGAACAGUGUAAGAAUGAAGUAUUUUUGUUUAAUGCCAGUUAGUAACCAUGAUCAA